GCCUGCCACCUGGAGCUCUUCCCGUGCUUGGCCAGCCUUCAGAGAUGAGGUGAGAAGGUGGGCGGGAACUGCUGAUCACCAAACAAAUUCCAUCCCUUCACUACAACCAUUUCGACUUCAUCACCUAAACUUUCCCUUCCCUCCAAACAUAAACAUCCGUGCUUCCUGUCUUGAUAGACUUGACUGAUACACACUUUACAGAGUCAACCAUAAUCUCACUAUCAACCAUGAGCACUCUCAGGCCGUUGCGCGGCGGCUGCCAAUGCGGCCGAAACCGUUACAUAAUCGCUGUUCCUCAAAAUGGCAUCAAUGAGGCACAGGUUCUCUUCAACACUGAGCCUGCACAUCAGAUACCUCUUGCAACUCCACUGGCCGCCUACAUCCGAGUUCCGCUUUCAUGGUAUCAUAGUACCACCUACUCUUUCUUCCCCGACGAGACACACGCCUUGAUUCGACGAGUUUAUACACACCCUAGCCAACAAUACUCAAAACGUCACUUUUGCGGCUACUGUGGUACGCCACUGUCCUACUGGUCCGAAAACCCGCAUACCGAGGCCGAAUUCAUCAACCUUACGCUCGGAAGCUUGCUGAGGGAGGACUUGCGAGAUCUGGAAGACAUGGGAUUGAUUCCAGAAGAGGAAGAUGACAAAGCCCCAGCAGGCCAGUCACCGGCAGUGGUGGGUAGGAACACUGCAUUGCGUCAGUCGUAUGGAGUUCCCUGGUUUGAUGGCAUGGUAGAAGGAACACGCCUAGGUAACAUGCGCCGAAGCCAAGGUGUCAAACAAUCUCAUGAUGGCCGAGUCAAGGUCGAGUGGGAGAUUGUCGAAUAUUCCAAUGGCGAAGAAUCGACGGCUCCGAUGGAAGAAGAUAACGAUGCGGAGAUGUCGAACCCAGGAAAGCGAAAGCUACAGGACAGGGACGACUCGGAGGCAGGUGCUGUUGGGAACUAAUAAGUACUGCUGACUGAAUUGGGCUCAAUUGUGCCUGUUGUAAUAUCGAGGAAGCUGACGACUGAUGGGAUAAUGAUGAGGGGCCCUUGCUAAAAUUCCGACGGCGAGAGGCGUUGACAAGUGCAUAUUCGCAGAGAUUUCAACAACCCCAUGGCUCUUGGAUGACAUGUUGGCUCAAUCUCGGUUGUCAUAUUAGAUAGUUUGCGAAAAGAUUGUACUGCCAUGCUUUCUGAA